CGCUUCCCCAUAACUGUCCCUCCUCGCUUAGAGAGAGAGAGAGAGAGAGAGAGAGAUCCCUAAACGAGCUUCCAAGUCCAAAAUCUCCGGCCAUUCGAUCUGGCACAGUGCGGCGGCUCCGGCGUCUUCUCGCCGGAAAAUUUUGUCGGUAACAACAGUCAUCGACUAGAUCCGAACUUCAUCCGGCUGCGGGAGUCUGAGAUUAGGAUCGGAUAAACUGAUUAACGAUCGGCGAGGGUGAGCAACUAGGGAGGAAUUGAGAGGAUGUACAAGAACCAGUUGCAGGAGCUAGCACAGCGGAGCUGCUUCAAUCUUCCUUCUUAUACCUGCGUAAGGGAAGGACCCGAUCACGCUCCUCGCUUCAGAGCUACCGUCAACUUCAACGGCGAGGUAUUCGACAGUCCGACCUUCUGCUCCACGCUCCGCCAGGCGGAGCACGCCGCCGCCGAAGUCGCACUCGCCGCUCUCUCCAACCGCGGGCCUUCCCAUUCCCUUGCUGCUCGCAUCCUGCAGGAUGAAACUGGAGUUUACAAGAAUCUCUUGCAAGAGAUUUCUAGGAGAGUUGCAGCACCAUUGCCAUCUUACACUACAAUCCGUUCAGGUCUCGGACACCAGCCAGUCUUCACAUGUAACGUUGAGCUAGCUGGGAUUACUUUCACUGGGAGCCCAGCGAAGAACAAGAAGCAGGCUGAGAAAAAUGCUGCCAUGGCUGCCUGGCAUUUGCUUAAAAAAUUGGCAAAGGAAGCAACAAGCUCCUCCUCAGAUCCAGAGAACAACGACGAACAGGACCAAAGCGCCAUUGCUCGUGCGCUUCUGAAUCACCACUUGAAGGAGAAGAUGACGGCGGCGAACAACCCUCGUGCCGCCCCUUUUCCGAAGAAGUUUCCCCAACAAUCUGAGAAAAAAUCCACAUUUAUCCAGCAAGUCCCUCUCUCUGGUUCAAAGAUCUUACCUUUAAUCCAACCCAAAUCUGUUCCAAGAACCGACGGAACCACAUUAUUGUCCUCAACAGCCUCGCCGCCGGAAAAUAAAUCCCGGCCUCCGAAGUUCCCUGCAGCAGGAGCUCUACGCUAUGUACCGGUCCGGCACUACGGAGUUCCACUUCAUGGUGUCGCUCCGCCGGUAACGAUCAGAACUGCUGUGCCGGUAUUCUCGGCUCCGCCGCUUCAGCCACCACAGGGACAUCUUCCAGUUUCAUCAGCACCACCAUUUCAAAUCGCAUCUCCGGUCAGAUUAAGACCUGUCAUCCCAGUUUUUUCUUCGCCGCCGUCGAAUUCAGUUCUGACAAAGGAAUCAGUAUCUUCAGUCAUCUCUUCAUCAGAAUCUCCCCCUACAUCUACUUUUUCCCUGGAAAUUUCUUUAGCUGAUGUGAAGGACAUUAACCGGGUUGCUGUUGCUCUGUCUGGCGAGGUGAAAGAACUUAGCCUUAACAGCAUGGCCUGUGCUCAAUCUGGAGUUGUGAAGAAUGCACAGUUAUUGUUGAAUUAAUUGGACGGGUUAGAGAAUAGGAUGAAAGGUGCUUUUUAUGCAAGGAUCAUUGGGAUGAAUGGAUGCUGUAAAUUUGCAUUUUUCAUCCUCCUUGCAAACUUUGUCCUUUUCAUUUUAUUUUGGUAUUCUGUUUCAUGGAUUUUGAAGCUAAGUAGUUUAUGCUUUUCUUUUUUAUU